AUGGAUGUAUUAGUUACGGCAAAUCAAUCUCCAGGAAGAUAUUAUCUGGCCGCUCAAGAAUUUUCGAGUGAAGACAUCGAUUUCACCAAUUUUGUCCACGAAGUUGCUACUGCUAUCAUCCAGUAUAAAGGGAAUUUUAGUCUGACGUCACCACCAAGUUACCCAAAUGACACACUACCACUUUAUCAUGACUACAGUGCUGCAGCGAGUUUCACACAACAGCUGAGAAGCUUGGCAUCUGAAGAACAUCCCGUGGACGUCCCUGGCAACGAGACGACGAGGAUGUUCAUCACAGUUUCGGCGAAUCACGUGGCAUGCCCAGAUGAUUCGUGUUAUUUGGAAACAUCAGCGGAGUUUUACACCAUGGAUUUUCCCGAUCUUCCUCCCGUUAUGUAUAAUUUCACGGGAGAUGAUUUGUCGACCAGUCUUGCCGAGGCUGCCCAAGGGACAUCCGUGAAAGUUCUGAACUACAACGAAACUGUAGAGAUGGUGUUUCAGGGGACUAAUCUGUUGGACCAAUCAGAAUAUCAUCCGAUGCACAUGCAUGGAUAUAGCUUUUAUGUUAUUGGAGUCGGCUUAGGAAAUUUCGACAACGAGACCGAUCCUCAAAUGUACAAUUUGGUUGACCCGUCUAAAGUCAAUACAUUUGGAGUUCCUAAAAGAGGGUGGGCUGCGAUUAGAUUCAGGGCAAAUAAUCCUGGUGUAUGGUAUUGGCAUUGUCAUAUAAAUCAACAUAUGAGCUGGGGAAUGAGCACCGCUUUCAUAGUGAAAAAUGGGGACAUGGAAGAGACGAGUAUGAGGCCAUCUCCUUCCUAUAUGCCUCCUUGCAUCGCCUCCAAGGACAAACCAUAUGGCGAAAUAUAUCAGACUUUAAAAAGUGACAUCUAA